UGCGUGCGGCUCUGGAGGCGGUAGCUUCUUCGGCGUCGAGACCUGGAGGCUGAGUGCUAAAUUGUGGGGCGCAAAUGGGAUCCGGCUGUUAGUCGGCUUUGUGUUAUUCUUGGAAAAUUUCGCACCACUUGUGAAUUCCUUGAACCUGGGCAUUGCAAACCCACUUCUGUUGGGCCCAUCUCCUUUGCACUUUGCUCAGAUUAAGACUCAGUUGGCGCUUCAGCAGCUGAAUGCCGUUGCCUCACAUAGUUCAGCACCACCUUAUACCUUAUUAAAUCAGGCUUUCUUGAAAAUAGCCAUGUCGAGACCCAGGUUUAAUCCUCGAGGGAACUUUCCACUUCAGAGGCCACGAGCACCUAACCCUUCUGGGAUGAGGCCUCCAGGACCAUUUAUGAGGCCUGGAUCUAUGGGUCUUCCAAGAUUCUACCCAGCAGGGAGAGCCCGUGGCAUUCCACACAGAUUUGCUGGCCAUGAAUCUUAUCAGAACAUGGGACCACAGAGAAUGAAUGUUCAGGUAACUCAACACCGAACUGAUCCAAGAUUGACCAAAGAAAAAUUGGAUUUUCAUGAAGCACAACAAAAGAAGGGGAAGCCUCAUGGUAGCCGGUGGGAUGAUGAGCCUCAUUUAUCUGCAUCAGUGGGAGUGAAACAGAGUUCUAUAACACAGGUUACAGAGCAGAGUCCUAAAGUGCAGAGCCGCUAUACAAAAGAGAGUGCCUCAAGUAUCUUAGCAAGUUUUGGAUUAUCUAAUGAAGACUUAGAAGAACUUAGUCGUUAUCCUGAUGAACAGCUAACACCUGAAAACAUGCCAUUAAUUUUAAGGGAUAUAAGAAUGAGAAAAAUGGGGCGUCGAUUACCUAAUUUACCUUCUCAGAGCAGAAAUAAAGAAACGCUUGGUAGUGAGGCAGUUUCAAGUAAUGUGAUUGAUUAUGGGCAUGCAAGCAAAUAUGGCUACACAGAAGAUCCACUUGAAGUACGUAUUUAUGAUCCUGAAAUUCCAACUGAUGAGGUCAAGAAUGAAUUUCGGUCACAGCAGAGCAUUUCUGCAUCUGUUCCAGCUCCAAAUGUGAUAUGUAAUUCUAUGUUUCCUGUGGAAGAUGUGUUUCGACCGUUGGAUUUCCCCAGUGAGUCCUCCAAUAAUCAAUCUUUUUUCUCAGUUGAGAGUGGAACCAAGAUGUCAGGCUUACACAUUUCAGGAGGACAGUCAGUCCUUGAACCUGUAAAAUCUGUUAGCCAAUCAGUUAACCAGACAAUGAACCAGUCUCUGAUUCCUUCCUCUAUGAACCAGCAACCUUUUUCAUCAGACUUAAUUUCAGCUGUAAGCCAACAAGAACGAAUCCCCCACGAACCUGUGAUUAAUUCAUCUAAUGUACAUGGACCAUCAGGAGGAAGUAAAAAGAAUUACCAGUCAGAGGCUGACAUUCCCAUUCAGUCUCCCUUUGGGAUUGUGAAAGCAUCAUGGCUACCAAAGUUUUCACAUGCUGAUGCCCAGAAGAUGAAGAGACUUCCAACACCUUCUAUGAUGAAUGAUUAUUAUGCAGCAUCUCCAAGAAUAUUUCCACAUUUGUGUUCUCUGUGUAACGUAGAAUGUAGUCAUUUGAAGGAUUGGAUUCAGCAUCAAAACACAUCCACUCAUAUUGAGAGCUGUCGACAGUUACGUCAACAGUAUCCUGAUUGGAAUCCUGAGAUCCUCCCAUCAAGAAGAAAUGAAGGCAAUAGGAAAGAAAAUGAAACUCCAAGAAGACGUUCUCAUUCCCCCAGUCCUAGACCUUCCAGGAGAUCAAGCUCAAGUCACAGAUUGCAUCGAUCUCGAAGCCCAAUGCGUUAUAUAUAUAGACCAAGAAGUCGAAGCCCUAGAAUUUGCCAUCGUUUCAUUUCUAGAUACAGAUCUAGAUCCCGUUCACCAUAUCGAAUGAGAAAUUUGUAUAGAGGUAGUCCAAAAUGCUACCGAUCAGUUAGCCCUGAAAGAACGUUACGGAAACCUGUGCGAUCAUCAGAUAGAAAAAAAGCUUUAGAAGAUGUAAUACAACGAUCUGGGCAUGGGUCAGAAUCCAAUAAACAGAAGCAUAUUGAAGCAGUUGAUAAAGGAAACUUAGUAGCACUAAAGCCUAAAACUGGUAGUGGAUCAAAAACAUCAGUUAAAUCAACAACCUCUACCAAGAAUGAUACAAAUUUAGGACAUUCUACACGUUACAAAUCUAAGAAUGUUGAAGACGACACGUUACCAGAAUCUAAACAGGUUUCUGAUAAAACUGUUUCUCUCCAGCGUAAGCUUCGGAAAGAUCAGUCUUUGCAUUAUAGUUCAGUUGUUCUUAUAUCUGAAUUACCAGAGGAUGGCUGUACUGAAGAAGAGAUUAGAAAACUGUUUCAACCAUCUGGAAAAAUUAAAGAUGUCCUUAUUGUUCCAUAUAGAAAGGAGGCUUACAUAGAAAUGGAAUUUAAAGAGACAGUUACUGCAGUCAUGAAGUACUUUGAAACAACACCUAUUCUUAUAAAAGGGAAAACUGUGAAAAUAUCUUUUCCAGGAAAGAAAAAAACACAGAACAAAGAAGUAAAGAAAAAGAUAUCAGAUUCAAAGAAAGCAUCUGCUGCUACUUUAAAAAAAGAUACAGAGGCUUCCAAAGCUGUUGAAACUGUGACUUCAGCUUCUGCUAACAAAACUGGACAGACCAAGACAACUGUAACCAAACUGAAUAAAUCUUCAGGAAAGUCAGCAGGUUCUGUAAAAUCUGUGGUAACAGUAGCUGCUAAAGGUAGUAAAGCUUCAAUCAAAACAGCAAAGUCUGGUGGAAAGAAGUCUUUGGAAGUCAAAAAGGCUGGCAUUGUCAAAAACAAAGACACCAAUAAAAUUAUGACACUUAUUCAAGGAAACUCUGAAAUAAAGACCAGAGUGGAAGGCAAAGUCAUUGAAAAUAAUGCUAAAGAAAUGAUUUCAGAAGCUGCUUUGGAGACCACAGAAGAUGAACCAGUUAAUAAGGCAUUUAUAGAAAUAAAUAGAAAAUCCGCAGAUUCUAUGGUAAACUUUUAUACAUGCUUCCCAAUAUCAAUGGAUGGAAACCAACUCUCAAUAAGUAUGACGUCAGAAAACAUGAACAUAGAAGAUGAGGAAGCUAUAUUUGCAACCUUGAUUAAAGAAAGUGACCCAGAGGCAAAUAUAGAUAAAAUUUACAGUCAAUUUGUACAUCUUGAUAACUUACCAGAAGAUGGACUUCAGUGUGUACUUAGUGUUGGACUUCAGUUUGGAAAAGUGGAUCACCACAUAUUCCUGAGUAAUAAAAACAAGGCAAUUCUUCAGCUCGAUAGUCGUGAGUCUGCUCAUUCAAUGUACAGCUUUCUGAAACAAAAUCCACAAAACAUAGGGGACCAUGUCCUGACCUGCACAUUAUCUCCAAAGGUUGGUUCAUCAGAGACUCAAGCUGAGAAAGACCCAGAACUAGGAAGAAAAAGCUCUGACUUGAAAAACAGUCCUGUUGAUGAAAGUGAGGUGCAGACAGCAGCUGAUAGUCCCCCUGGUAAACCUAGUGAGGUUGAAGAAGAAACAGUUCUCAACAUUCAAACAGAAACUUCUAUACAACAGGAAGAACCUUGUGAGGAAGAACCUGAAAAAGUGCUAUGUGACACUCACUUUACUAUUGAAACAUUGGAAGUUGAAACUCAAGAAGAAGAGCUCAAAGUGGAAAUUCCUCUUGUAGCAUCCACUCCAUCCAGUAUUGAAUUAUUCACUGAAAAUAUAGAGGAAUCUGUUUUAAGUCAGCAGGUAUAUGCUAGUGACUUUGAUAAGGAAGAGGCAGAGAUUAUUAACCCUGAAACAGAAUUGUCAACAUCUGACAGUGCGUUUGUGGAUGAGAGGAAUAUCAAAAGAAUUCUGGAAGAAUCUCCGUCUGAUGCAGAAGAUUUCUUUUCUGGGAUUACACAGUCUAUGAUAGAAACUGUAGCUGAAGUGGACAAACAUGAAGCUGAUUCAGAAGUAGUGCCAUCUGCUUGUGUUAGGACCUUAGUACCAGGAAUUUCUCCUCGGGAUGAGAAGUCUGUGAACAAAAAAGGAAUUUCUGAGAUUAGUAAUAUGGGUGAAAAGGAGGAGAAUGAAUGCAGUAUUAAGGAAACUAGAAUGGAUCUGCAGAUAGGAAUAGAGAAGCCUGAAAAAAGUGAUGCUAGGAUGAUGAUAGAGAAGUUGGAAAAGAUUAUGACAGCCGUGAAAGAAAAGCCUGCUGAAAAUAUUAUCAAGGUAUAUCCAAAUAAAGGAAUAGGUCUGAUCAAUAAGCCUGAUGAAACUAGUAAAACUAGUGUGCUGGCUACAUCAAAUGCAUCUAGCAGUAAAUCAAGUGUCAAGGUUGGUAUGGUCUCUUCUCCAAAAGCAAAAGCUACAACUUCAAGCUCUGAAAAUCAGAAAAAUUUUCUGAGAUCUGUAUUCACAGAAAAGAAACUUUCAGCUAAGGAGUUGAGUCUGUUUAAAUCUACAAGUGCCAAAUCAGGCUUGGCUGAAAGCAGCAGUAAAUUCAAAUCUACUCAGAGUGGUGUUACCAGAGGAAGCAGUGGAAGAAUCUCAGCCCUGCAAGGCAAGGAUUCUAAAGUGGAUUACAGGGAUGUUACAAAACAGUCUCAGGAAACAGAGGCUAGAUCUUCUACCAUGAAACGGGAUGACAGCAACAAUAAGACUUUGGCUGGGCAAAACACUAAGAAUCCUAAAAGCACCACUGCUAGAAGUUCUAAAUCUAAAGAGGAGUUACUAUUAUUUUCAUUUAAUUUGGAUGAACUUGUUACUGUGGAUGAGGUUAUAGAGGAUGUAAGUCCUUUUCAAGCCAAGCAGAAUACACUAAAGGGUAAAAGGAAAGAAGCUAUCAAAAAUAACCCUUUUUCUGAACUUAACUUAAAGAAGAAAAAGGGAAAACCUUCUGCCUCUCGUGUUGUUGAGGGAGAACUAUCCUUUGUAACCUUGGAUGAGAUCGGGGAAGAGGAAGAUGCACAUCUAGCACAGGCUCUUGUCACUGUGGAUGAAAUCAUCGAUGAAGAAGAGCUUAAUGUGGAAGAAAUGGUAAAAAAUUCAAAUUCUCUUCUUACACUAGAUGAAUUAAUUGAUCAAGAUGAUUGCAUUUCCGGUGAACCUAAAGAUGUUACUGUAUUGUCAGUGGCAGAAGAACAAGAUCUUCUGAAACAGGAACGGUUGGUAACUGUGGAUGAAAUUGGAGAAGUAGAAGAGUUACCUUUAAACGAGUCUGCUGAUAUAAGUUUUGCCACUUUAAAUACUAAAGUAGAUGAGGGAAGUACUGGAAGGGAAGCCAUUGGAUUCAUUUCUUCCCAGAUGCCUGAAGACCCUUCUACUUUAGUUACAGUAGACGAAAUACAGGAUGACAGCAGUGAACUGCAUUUAGUGACUUUGGAUGAAGUAACUGAAGAGGAUGAAGAUUCUUUGGCAGAUUUUAACAAUCUUAAAGAAGAACUUAAUUUUGUUACUGUUGAUGAAGUUGGAGAGGAAGAAGAUGGAGACAAUGAUUUAAAAGUUGAAUUAGCACAAAGAAAGAAUGACCAUCCUGCAGAUAAAAGAGGGGAUAGAAAAAAAAGAGGUAUGGACACAAAGAAAGCAAAACUUGAAGCCUUAUCCCACGUGGGUCCACUAAAUGAGAAUGUUAUGGAAGAAGAUCUAAAAGCCAUGAUUGAAAGACACUUCAUAGACUUUCUUUUUAAAGCUAAAACACCAACCAAGAAAGGUAGAAUUGGGAAAAUGCCGCAAUCGGAAAAAGCUAUUGCCACAGAACUAGCAAAAGGAGAAGAGGCCUUCCAGAUGAGUGAAGUUGAUGAAGAUUCUGAAUUCAAGGAUUCAGAACCAGAACGAAAACGCAAGAAGACUGAAGACUCUUUAGAAAAAUCAGUGGCACCUGAUGUCCCUGAAGAUUUAGAUUUUCUUGUGCCGAAGGCUGGAUUCUUCUGUCCAAUAUGUUCCCUCUUCUACUCAGGUGAAAAAGCAAUGACAAAUCACUGCAAGAGUACACGUCAUAAGCUAAAUACAGAGAAAUUCAUGGCCAAGCAAAGAAAGGAAAAGGAACAGAAUGAGGCUGAAGAAAGAAGCUUCAGGUGAUUGGGGAAACUGGGAAAGAAUUCAUUAGAAAUUUGGUUAGGGUCCAGUUGAUUUGUGUAUUUUUGUUACCACUUAAUUUGUAAUUUUUGUUUCAGAAACAGAUAUUCAUGUUGUACAAAUUUCUGAUUGCCCUUGAUGUAGGAGACUGAUGGGGAAAGUAUGAUGUGUUUGAUUUUUAUAUCAAAUCAUCAGGCAUGGAGAAAUAUCUUUUAGAAGUGUUAAAAUAAAUGUUCCUACUGUAUAUUUAAAAUAC